CUUCAAAAUACUAAUUUGAGUGCACACAUUUACUAAUCUAAAAUAAGAACAUUUAAUGGAACAGUUUAUAUUAUUGUUUCAAUCUCAUAUCCAGGCUUCUUAAAUGUUAAAUGAAGAAAGUCAAAUUAGGCUUGAUACAUGAAGACUUUUUAUUUAUUUUUUAAUAGAUUUAUCGAUUUUAAAUCUGUUUUUUUUUUAAAGCGGAGUGAGACCUCUCUCUUCCACGUCUUUACACCGCAGCUACAGGUGAGCCCUGUUGCUAUGGCAACGUUUGCUUUCCCCCUCCUCUUCUUUUCUCGCGAGACUUUAGGGCAGAGGGGAGGCUGCCUGGAUGAUCUCAUCCCUUCAGCAGCUGCAUACCGCAGCGAGGCAAACCCGUAACUUUCUAUGAAACUUCCAAGUAGCUUUUGGGAGGGAGACGCCGGGCCAUUUCCAGUCUGCUCCCGCGGGAACACGCAUCACGCGACGGCACGGAAAGGCUCUGCCUGGCCGCGUUUUGGACUAAAAGUAGCUGGUUGCGGAGGGGGGGAAACAACACGGGAAUCCGCGCGGAGUGACAUCCAAAAGGAGAAAAGGGCUCUGGUUUUGGAACAAAAAGAUGUCUUGCGCACAUUUUUGCAGCAGUUGAGGAGAAAUCAUUCAAGUUUACAGCGGCAGAGGAGCUUCUACACCUGUUGUUGAUCCGGACAAUUGAAUUACUGAUGAAUUCAGGGAACGACAUAGCCUCCUACAAGCAGCCAUGUUUAAAUGCUAAGUGCCUUUAGCCUUUGGCACUGGUGUCAUGACCAGCCUGAAACUCCCACCCAUGGAUCGCACCGUCGGGGGCUCCAUCCCUGCCACCAAUGAGUUUUACACUGGCCAUCUCCGCAUGGUGAACGGAGGGGCCGCCCUUACCCGCGCCGACAACCUUCACCCACCUGUGACUACAGGAGUGCCUAAAAUGGGUGUUCGGGCUCGAGUGGCUGACUGGCCUCCAAGAAAAGACAUUCCGGGACCUCCGUGGCACCCCGCCGCAGAGGCUGAUGCUUCUGCUGCACCUAAAAGUCACGUCAAGUUAGGACCUGUUUUGAGUCCUCAGGAUUCGUCCAUGUUGCGAAACAUCCACAACAGCCUGAAGAGUCGAACGCACGUCCAACCAAACAACUACAGCCCUGACACCCGUUACUUGACCCCGGGGGACCAGAGGAGUCCGGCGUCUAGAAACCCACGACAGAGACGUGUCCGCCAGCGCAGCAACAGUGACAUGGCUGUUGGUGAGAUGGACGCUGGUGGUGACAGUGGAGAAGAGUGGGGUCCAUCACCAGGGUCCAAAUUCUCCCCUCUGCACCGUGAAUAUGGCAGCACAUCCUCUAUAAACCAACACGGGACUUCUGGAGAAAGCCUUUUGGAAAUGCUAAAGGGCUUCGAAAGUGAACAAGCGGACCAGCGUGGCCCAGCUUCAGAGAAAGCUCAGGAAGAUGCAAUCGAUGGCCAUCUUCUGAAGCCCAAGGACAGAGACAAGCCUCCAAAGAGACGUACUAAGUCUGAGACGGGAGGGGAGUCCAUAUUCCGGAAACUUAGAAAUGUGCACGGUGAGUUGGACUCUUCUCGGGGGGGUUCUGACGCUGAGGACUGCAGGACAGAGGACACUGGCCCCCAUCUAAAGCGCUGGAUGUGUCAGAAAGGAUUUGCCCACUACGACGUUCAAAGCCUUCUAUUUGAUCUGAAUGAAAUUAUUCACCUCCGACAGACUGCAGUGAAAAUCAAAAACACCACCACCGGCGCAUCUGCUGCUGCCGUCGCCUCCGCCUCUUCAACUCUGUCGUCAACCCACAGCCUGCCUUACAGCUCCCCCAGCGGAAGUCAAGAAGAACUCUGUUCUAGAGGCAGUCCAAGCCUGGACUCUGGAGAUGAGCAAAGCAACGAAAUGUUGCUAAGCUGCCCUUGCUUUCGCAACGAGAUUGGUACCGAUGUCAACGGCAGGGGCAGACUGGGGCAUCAGGUGUUUCUUGGUGGUGGAGCAAGCUCAGGGACCCCAGUCGGGGAAGUUACCUUGUAUGAAACCUCUGUAAGCACACACUAUAGCAAUGCUGGAGUUUCAGUUCUUGAGGGAUGUAAGGAGGGACCCAGCACGCUCCAAAAAAAGGGCAAGCAGUACAUUGUGGAGCACAUGGACCUUGGAGCCUACUAUUACCGGAAGUUCUUCUACUCUCGGGAUCACUGGAACUAUUUUGGGAUUGACGAGGCACUGGGUCCAGUUGCAGUGAGCCUCUGUAGAGAGAAGCUGGAGGACGAUAAGGAGCACAGUCAGCAGUAUAACUACCGCAUCAUCUUUAGAACCAGCGAGAUGACAACUCUCCGAGGUUCCAUACUGGAAGAUGCAGUGCCUUCCACAUCUAAGCACGGCACCUCCCGGGGUCUGCCCAUCAAAGAGGUGCUGGAGUACCUUCUCCCAGAGCUGGAUUUGUCCUGCCUCCGACUGGCCCUCAACACACCCAAAGUCACAGAGCAGCUCAUGAAGUUGGAUGAACAAGGGCUGAGUUUUCAGGUAAAGGUGGGUGUGAUGUACUGCCGAGCCGGGCAGAGCACCGAGGAGGAGAUGUACAACAACGAGACGGCAGGUUCUGCCUUUGAAGAGUUUCUGGAGCUCCUGGGGGAGAAGGUCCGCCUAAAGGGCUUCACCAAGUACAGAGCCCAGCUGGACACCAAAACGGAUUCCACGGGCACUCACUCGCUGUACACGUCCUACAAAGACUACGAGAUCAUGUUUCACGUGUCGACCCUGCUGCCUUACACGCCCAACAACAAACAGCAGUUGUUGAGGAAACGCCACAUUGGGAACGACAUCGUGACCAUUGUGUUCCAGGAGCCAGGUGCUCACCCCUUCACUCCCAGGAACAUUCGCUCCCACUUUCAGCACGUCUUCAUCAUCGUACGUGUGCACAACCCCUGUUCUGACAAGACCUGCUACAGUAUUGCUGUGACUCGUUCCCAGGACGUCCCCUCAUUCGGGCCUCCGAUCCCCAAGAGCGUAACCUUCCCUAAGUCCUCUGUCUUUCGGGACUUCCUGUUGGCCAAAAUCAUAAACGCAGAAAAAGCAGCUCACAAGUCAGAGAAGUUCGGUGCCAUGGCAACGCGCACUCGCCAGGAAUACCUCCGGGACCUGGCGGAGCGUCACGUGACCAGCACGCCGGUGGAACCCACGUCCAAGUUCCCCUUCAUCUCGCUGGCCCACAAACGGCGGGAGAAGCUUCGUCCUUACAGCGGGGCGGAGCUGAGGAGUCUGGGGGCCAUAACCUGGCAGGUGCACGCCGAGGACCAGGUGGCGGGCGCCGAACGCGAGUGCCUGCUGGCCAUUUCCAACGACUUCAUCAUCCUGCUGGACCAGGAGGCCAAAGUGGUCGUGUUCAACUGUGCCACUCGAGACGUGAUCGGUUGGUCGACGGGGAGCCCCGCCUCCAUGAAGAUCUACUAUGAGCGUGGAGAGAGCGUGUCACUGCGCUCCAUCAACAACAACACCGAGGACUUUGGAGAGGUGGUGAAGAGACUGGAGCUGCUGACCAAAGGCAGUCAGACCACAGAGAUGACCCUACGCCGCAACGCCUUGGGCCAGUUGGGCUUCCACGUUAACUUUGAGGGCAUCGUAGCCGAGGUGGAGCCGUACGGUUACGCCUGGCAGGCCGGGCUGAGGCAGGGCAGCCGACUCGUGGAGAUCUGCAAGGUCUCAGUGGCAUCGCUGUCCCACGAGCAGAUGAUCGACCUGCUCCGAACGUCUGUCACGGUCAAGGUGGUGAUCAUUCCUCCCCACGAAGACUCCACGCCGCGCAGAGGCUGCUCAGAGAUUUACCACAUGCCCCUGGUUGAUUACAAAAACCACAAAGAAGGAAUGCCCUAUGAGUUAAAGUUCCCCUUCCGGCCAGCCAACAGCAACGCCAAGUGGCCGCGGACCUCGUCCAGCCCGCAGACCCGUGCCGCCGGCACGGCAGGAACUCUGAUCAAAGCACCGCCCGCAGACUUCAGCGAACGCAACUCUGCUGCUAUUCCCCGCAGUGUUUCCAGCGACGGUCGGCCUCUGAACCCGAAAAGAUAUUCCCCGGGGAAUGACAACUACGCUCUGGCCUGCUCCAUUGUGAUGGGUCACACACUGCACAACACCAGCACCGCCUCCAACCUGCCCUACGCCGAAACCGUCAGCUCCAGCCACUGGAGACAGAAGUCCAUGCCUGAUGGGUUCAACAACAACUGCCAGUCGCCUGCGUCGUUUGCGCGGCAGGCAGCCGGCGACGGGGUCAACGGGAUGAAAGCCAGCUCAAGCACUGGCGUCGGCUGGAUCCGGACUGGCGAGGGGGAUUCAUGUAGCAGACUAGGAGACAAAAGCAGCUCAGACACAGUGGUUUCCAAGGUAACGAUUCCCCGGCUCCAGCCGUCAGAUCAGAGCAGCCGCAUAUCUCCUAACAAGAACACUAAGACCGAUGCUCCGUACUCGUCCAGCCAGUCCAGCAGCAACACGCUGUCCAGCAACGCUUCCAGCUCUGCGCACAGCGACGAGAAGUGGUACGAAGUCGGCUCCCACUCGGGAGUGCAGAGUGACCUGGAGCUCAACGGAUACCUGCAGGGCACGUCCACCGACAGCGGCAUCGACGCGUCCUCCUUCACCGCCACUCAAAGCAGCACCUCGUCCUCUACCGCCGCCUUCAGGGCCAAGGAUAAAACCCAGGGGGAGGAGUCUGCGGAGAGCAGUCCCGGAGCCACCAGCACUUCACCUCCCACGCCGGACGCUCCUGUCGUUGGACAGUGCGGCAGCGAGAUUCCAGCCAAAAUCUCGUCCGUGUACCUGCGUGGUCCUGAUGGGGGCUCAUACAGCAUAAGUGAUGCCAUCUCCCCAUCCAGUUCUGAGGGUCCGGCGGUGCAGGGGGAGGCUGCCGAGGGAGCUGCUGCAAACAUGUCAGCUGCGUCGCAGAACCUGCAGUCCCCCGGGACAAAAAGCUUCUACCCUCGACAGGGAGCAACCUCCAAGUACCUCAUCGGCUGGAAGAAGCCGGGCAGCACUGUGAACUCUAUAGAGUUUGCCAGCACUCGCAAGCGGCACCAGAGUGAUGGCCUGCUGGGUGGUCCGCCCCAGCUAAAAGCCAAUCUCCGUGGUUGUCAGUCGCCCCAUCGGCAGACCGCCAAAUCCAGCCUGGAAGAAGACCUGAAGAAGCUCAUCACUCUUGACAGCCCUCCACCCACCACCACCGAGGAGAAGCCUCUGUUCCCUGGUCCACCUCCCAGCCGUCGUUCUCUUCAGAGAACGCUGUCAGACGAGAGUAUCUACGGCGGGCAGAGGGAGUCGUCCUCAAGUGGGCCGCACGAGACCUCUGACCUUCUGUUCACCUCCUCCACCCUGCCACGCUCCCCCACAACCCGCCAUGGGUCAAACCGCAGAGCAUCACACAAAUCUCUCGGAGAUCUGUCUGCAUCUGAGAGCUCAGAGCUGGAGAAGGAGAGAAAAAGGCAGCAGCAGCAGCAGCAGGAUCCAGCCCUCAUGCCUCUGCCCGAUGCCGGGGUGGAUGGCCCACUGGACUGGGCUCACCUGGUGGAUGCUGCCAAAGCAUUUGAAGAACAGCGGCUGGCUUUUCUGGCAGCCCAAGAGGAGGACUCCGCGGCUGAAGCCACGGCAGCUGCUGUCCCUCAGCAGGCCGAGCCUCAGGCAGCCCCCCCCAGACAGCCUCUGCCAGGAGAGACUCCAGCCGUCUUAUUGGGGAAAGUCGACCAGCUGGAGUCCAUGGUGAAAGCGCUGCAGGAUGACCUGAAGAAGGAGAAGGAUGCUAAGGCCUCCUUACAGGCUCAGAUCCAGAGUUUGAGGGAAGACAACCAGCGCCUCCUGGAGGAGUCGUACAGCGCCUCGGCUAAGCUGAAGAAGUUCACAGAGUGGGUCUUCAACACCAUCGACAUGAACUGACUGCUCCUCUGCUUUUGGGAGUUUAACCACUGCUCCAGCUCAUUUCAACUUCAGUGCUAUUAUUACUGACACACUUUCUGGGUUUGUACAAACCUGUGCCAAUGUCAGCUUAUGUCCAUUCUAUAUUUGUUCAGCCGUGAAACAUGAAAUACGAAAGGGAAGAAAAGAGCUUCUAAUUGUGUGCCAGUUUUAUCAGCAUGCUCUCCCUUUAAACAUUUGUGCGUCCGAUCGGACUCCCGACGCCCCCUGCAUGCCAGGAAAAGCAAGACUGUCCUUAUAGCGUCUCAGCUCGUCACUUUAUAAUCAAGAUCCUUUCAGUCAAAUCAAAAUGUUCUUUUCUGGAAUUGGAAAACAGCUGAUACUUUAUUCAAUUUAGCUCUUUGUUUUUGAGACAUUAUGUUUUUUUUUUAAUAAUUUCAGUAAAUAAAAAUAUCCUAUUUUUGUAUUAGUAACCAAAAGGAAAAGACGAGCUAUGAUGGGAAAGCGUCAAAUAGAAUUAUGCAAGUGUUUGAACAGUGGUCAUUUAACAUGGAAAAAAAAGAAUAUAUAUUGUACAAAAGCAUAGUUGGUGCCAUUAAAUAUACCAAUAUAAUAAAGAAAACUAUUUUAAAUAUGUGAUGUAAACAAUUAUUUUUCUCUUUCCCUCUCAGGAAAUGAUAAUUUGAGGAGGAUUUAUGACAAAAGGCCAAGAAAAAGAUGCAGUUCCUCUCAUACACCUGUAGGGGGCAUUUUCUUAUAGAAAACAAAGUUUAUCCUAUAUUUCAAAAACUAAGAAGAUGGAGAACCAAAAGAUUAGGAAUUUCUUUUUGUUUUCUUUGUACCUUAAACUGAAAUGCCUUGCUUGCUGCAGUGAAUUGAUAAACAGUGCCACCUAGUGUUGACAAGAUGUAACAAACCCUGUUUUCUGUACACAGCAUGCACAAUUGCCUCAAUCUGAAUUGUAGUUAAAUGAAAUCGGUACGGUCUAGUGUCUAUCUAGUGAGAUACAGUAUAAUUCCUUCAUUUCCCACAAUGCCCCUCUGAAAGUCCUACAUAAAUAUGGCCCAUAUGAUAAUCAAAUGAUCCAUAUUUCAUUUUCAUACUGUAACUAUUUCCUUUCUUAUGCCUGGAGACACUGUGCAAAUGUAUAUAGGAAGAAUUUAAUAUUCAUCAAAAUUUGCACCUUAAUUCUUGUUUUUUUACUGUCAUUUUUUAUAUAUUUUGUUUUACUGGCAAGCAGAGGAAAAUGUCAAGAAAGGUGUGUGUGGGGGGACAAUGGUUUGAGCCGGACUCUUAAAAAAAAAAUAAAAAAAGUCAGUUCCAGGUCCUUAAAACAGCAGAUUUCCCCUUUUGCCCUUUAUUAUGAACAGUGUAAAAGCAUGUCAUGUUUCCACUGAGCUGUGAUGUGUAAAAUAUGUUAAUAUCUAUUAAAGAUAUUUUAUUGAAUGAAA